GGUCUUCAUAAUCUACUUCUGGAGGCGGAAGAGAACGAGCUUAACCAGGGCAGGGGGGCCAACCCAACGCUCACGGACAGGUUUGCGACCUCUCGGGUUCCUGGAGUUGGUCAGAGCGAUGGCGAGGAGAAUGCUCGGCGGAAGCUGGCGGCGCGGAAGGAGCUCUGGCGGAAGAUGAAAAGACGGACGUGGCUCCAGGGGACCCUCUCCUCCACGGGUGAUUCUAGCCGAACCGAAGAGGAGGCUGCUCAAGCCCUUCAGGACCACUGGAGUUCCGUGUUUGCGGCCACCGCGGACGACGAGCCCCGCUGGCCCGAGUUGCUUCAGUUUGUCCAGAAGUCGCCAGAUGUGCUUGAGGAGGUUGAUGUGACCUACGUGAUUGAGCACGGGUGGAUGAUGGAUGAGUUCGAUUGGCGCAUGAUGGUUAUG